AUGUUUGCAACAAAAGUACCGAAGAGUCCGUCUAGCCCUUCUUCUGAUGCCACCACUGAGAAACAGGCACUGAUAAAUGGCAUAACUGAAGACUCCAACAAAUGGUUAUUAGAAAUACGACAUGGUAGAUCUAAAGGCAAGACACUGGAUAGCCCGGAAGUCUCAAAAGCUUUAAAGAAUCUAAAUGACGGGAUAGCAUGCAUCAUGGUGGUAGGUUUGAAACUUUCAGAAAAAUUCCAGCUCGGGAAUAAACUUUGCGCUCAAGUCUGCUGUGAAGGGAAUCUGUUAGACGACAUGAUUUCUUUUUGUCACAAAAAUCGGAAAAAGCUUCCAAACAUAUCACAAGCAGAGUUGAAUGUGUGGGGAUUUUUCAUGAACGGAACUAUAUUUUCCCCUGAUAUUUCUAAGAAGUUGUCAGCUGCCAAGGACCUUCUUAUAUACGCAAAGGAUGUUUUAGAUGUUCUAUAUGAUUCGUACACAACCUCAAAGUUAAAUAAUUUUCAAAAGUCAGCAGUAGAUUACAUUAGUGCUACAACUCAUAACAUGUGCACCUUCUGUGACGUCACAACCACCAGUGUCCGGGCGGCAGGCUUCCUCCCCAUCUACCUGAAAUAUCUAGAAAGUGACGUCGUAAAAAAUGACUUUACAGUGAGUGUCCCCUUUUUGGCGGCGGCGAGUGACAUCAUGAAUGAAAAUGACGCAAGCAUGGCGGGAAGUCGUGCUGAUGUAGAAUUUAUGAUGUGUGGGAUAGAGGAAUCCAUUCAAUGUAAAUCAGGACAGUUCAAUGGAUGGUUUGCAUUUGAACUAGCAAAAAUUAUAGGAAAUCUUGCAAUAUUUGAUUCCAACAAGAAAAUUUUAGUUGAGUACGGUGUAUUACGACCGCUCAACAAACUAGCGAAACAAACAGAGGAAAUAGAGCAACUCACCGCAACAAAAACGUUGGCACAUCUUGCGUUUGAUGAUGACAACAAGAAAACUUUUAUAUCGGAUGAAAAGACAGACAUAGUGACUACUCUGUUUAAUCUGGCCAAGUCGUCCUCAAUUCCCUCUGUCCGUGAAUCAGCUAGAGGUGUGCUAUGGACUUUAUCGGAACAACUACAUUCCUCAAAGAAAUACGCAGAAAUAGCUGGUGAGUUCUUUCAGAAGAAAUCAAAAGGUCACGUGAUGAUCAGUUAUUCCCGAGAACAGCGCCCCCUACUGCUGAGAGUAAAAGAUGAAAUAACGAAAGCAGGGUUUACUGUGUGGAUGGACAUUGAACAAAUGCGAGACAAUGUGUACGAUAGAAUGGCAGAAGCCAUUCAGAACGCCUCUGUUGUUUUGAUUUCUAUGUCCUAUAGUUACCAAAGAAGUGAAUACUGUAGAAGAGAGGCUGCAUAUGCAUCAUCGUUAAAAAAGGCGCGGAUUCCACUGUUGGUGGAUCCAGAAUACGUAGCAGAGGGCUGGCUUGCUCUCAUGACCGCUGGAGACUACCAUUAUGACUUCGUGAAAAAACCAUUUGAAAUGAAAACAGAGGAACUUAUUCGAGAACUUGAAAGAAAAUGUUUUAAAGAUCAAGGAGAUACAAAAGAUGGAAGCAAUAAGCAGGACAUACCUCCCCAACAAACGCCAGUUGCUUCUUCCCAUGGACAACCUAGCUACAGCCUUCCGCGGCCAUCUUCCCACGGACAACCAACAUAUAGUAUACCUCCGAUAAAAGAAAGAGAUCCAGUUCAAAACAAGAAAAGUGGGAAAAGAUGGAAGAAAUUUGCUAAACUAGACAAAGAACAAGUAAUAACUUGGUUGGAAAAGCAUCACUUACCCAGAGAAGUGUUUGAAAGUUACAGAGCCAAAGACAUUGUAUUUUUAGCGCAAAUGAAGGAAGAGGCCCCAGAGGUCUUCUAUAAACAUGUGAUGAAGAUUUCAAAAACUAAAAACAAGAUAGAGGCCCUGCAGUUAGCCGCCGAUUUCACCAGAGCCCUGGAACAUUUAAAGAUCCCGGAUGAUGGAAAAUAAAUAUCACACAGGAUUCUAACUAAUCUUAUUUCAUUGCUUUUCAAUUAAUGUAUUAUUUUCAAACACACUUCAAGCAGUAAAACAAGUAUUUUCUAGUC